AUGACCUCCAGGUUAUGUAUAGAGCUGUACAGCCACCACCAGCAGCCUACACAGCUCGGUGUUAAGAGGCUGAUCAGCCAGUGGCAAGGUGAGUCUAAGGAGCGCGUCAUCUCGCUCGUCCUCACCCACCUCCCUCUGCUCAAACCCGGCAACGUUGAAGCCAAGGGCGAGUACAUGCGCCUGCUGCCACGCAUCCUGGCCCACACCAUCGAGCAUGGCCACCACCUGGAGGAGUCCCGCCAGCUCCUGUCCUACGCCCUCAUCCAUCCCGCCACCUCCCUGGAAGACCGUGCCGCCCUGGCACUCUGGCUCAACCACCUGGAGGAGAGGGCCGCUGCCCGGGGAGACUCCCUGGAAAGGCCUCCUCCAGCCGGGCCUCACCAUCACCACCACCAGUCCACGCCUCCAUCCACCCUCACCUCAUCAGGAUCCUCCUCCUCCACUAACACCUCUUCAUCAGGCAAUCUCUACACAUUGCAUCUCCACCAACGCUACGGCUCGGACGACCGCCUCAACGGGUGGCAGAGCUCCAGGGAUUCAGGGCUGGGCGGAGGCUGGCAUCAGCAGCAGCAGGGCUGUGAGAACGGGCACCUCCUUCUCUACCCAUCAUCCUCUGUGCCGGCAACCAUCAACACAGUUGGAACUGGUGGAGGCGGUAACACUAUCUUAACGAGUGGAGGUGGCAGCCAACAGCACAGUCCCCUGAAGCGCUCCGUGUCCCUCACACCUCCCAUGAGCGGCCCCAGCAACCAGCCUCUGGGCCACGUCUGGCUGUCCCAGGAGGACCUACGGACCGCUAGAGGCCCCGCCCCAGACCACGCGCCUCUCUCGCCCCAGAGCAGCAUCGCAUCCUCGGGCAGUGGAGGCAGUGAGCACCUGGAGGAGGCUGGCUUAGGAGGAGGUUCAGGUCUGCAUCGCAGUUCCUUCCACGAGGAGGGCAGUGGCAUGAGGGAGUGUGUCAAAACGUUUUUGUUGCGACAGCUGAAAAUCCUCCGCCACGCUCUUCACCAGUCAUGCUCCAUUUCAUCCCUGAUUCAUACUCCCUGUUCUCCCCCUCCCCCUCCCCGUCAGUCCUUCACUGAGACGCAGAAGAAGAGGCUGUUGUCAUGGAAACAACAGGUCCAGAGGCUGUUCCGGUCCAUUCCGAGGAAAACCAUCCUUGACAUAGCAGGGUACCGACCGCAGAGGAGCCGUUUCGGUCAGUCCAACUCUCUCCCCACUGCUGGCUGUGUUGGGGGCAGUGUGUCGGUCAGGAGGAGCCUUCGCCAGUUCCAGAUGCCCUCCAGGAGCUUGCCGGGUGCCAGACUGGGCCCUCUGGGCAGCGGGGGGCUGCUGGGAUCCACACCUCGCAGCUCCAGCAGCACACCCACCGGUCCCAAGCAAGGGAGACAGGGUCUGUGGUUUGCCAACCCCGGAGGAAGCAACAGCAUGCCCAGCCGGACCCACAGCUCCGUGCAGAGGACCCGGUCCCUGCCAGUUCACACCACGCCACAAACCAUGGUCAUGUUCCAACAAGCCGAUCUUCAGCUACCGGUGACAGAGCCAGACAUCAACAAUCGCCUUGAGUCUCUGUGUCUGAGUAUGACAGAGCACGCCUUGGGAGACGGUGCUGACCGCACAUCAACAAUAUGAAACGAGGACCUGAGUGAGAGCAGUAGGACAGCGCAGGUUCACGAGGCUCUCUCACGAUAAGUCACCUCGAGGUCACCAGCCCUCCUGUCCCCUCUUCCUGUAGCCAAUGGUAGAGCUCAACCAAAGGAUCGGGCGGGAUCCAAGAAACACAAGAGCGCCGAUCAUCACACGGCUGACACAAGCUAUCACAUUGGAACCGUCCAUCUGGUCGGAAAAACACACUUCCUGCUCCGCCAGCACGCUCACAGUCACCUGCGUCUGGGUGAGGAGAGAGAAAAGCAUUGAACACGGCCUGGACAGUGCGUAAACAGCGCCCCCCUCCACUGGGGAUGCCAGAAGCAGUGCUGCUGUCCAGUCAGCCCCAGCAGAAGGGAGACGCUGGCCUGUGGAUCAGGGCCCAGUGAGACUGAGGCCCCUAAACGCUCUCCGACACCCUCUGGUCCCCGCACAUCGACCACAGCUCGUGGCAUCUUUCAAAUCCAUAACAGUACCUCAGACCCGAAGACGAGACGAGACAAGCAGAGCUAGAAGGACGCAGAAGGAAGUUUGGGAUUUCCUUGCCUGUUUUGACUGAGGACUGAGUGUCCGGCGAGGACAUUGUAGAGCUCGGGAAAGCCUUUUGCUCAGCAUUGGGUUGGCAAAAAAAAAAAAUCAUUUAUUUGUGUUGUAUGUAUUUAUUGUUUACAUAAUGAUGCUACUUUCAAAGGGUACAGAAACAUGUAUGAAUUUCAGGUAUGAAUGGUGUAAUAUUCUGUAAAGCCUUGGCUGUCUACCAGCUUUACGUCCCACGAGUAGCCAUCACGCUAGUUUACAACCAACGUGCUUAUUCUUUAUUUUAGCAGCCAACGACAAAGACGUGUUGGCUCGAGCAUUUACCAAGAGAGAUAGUGAGAGAGAGAGAGAGAGAAGAAGUGUGAAGAGGGAGAAGAGGAAGAAGGAGAUGAGGAGAAAGACACAGAAAGUAGUAGAAGAAAGAAUGAAGCUGAAGUGAUACUGGAAGGGGAAGCGGAUGUUUAAAGGAGAAAGAGAUCCGAGGCAGGACCUUUGAUCGGCUGAAGACAGAGGAAGAUGAUGUCAUGUCUAAUCGUGUUGUGCGUAAGUGUAGGAGGAAGUGAAUUUGGCACCGGUCAGUUACAUAUUGUUUAUCCAUAGCAUGUACUGUAUGAACUCUUUGAAUUCAGAGCCUCCGUAGGCACAAAACAUUGAACAUUUUUACACACGUAAAUGGGAGAUUAAUGCGGCCGUUAAUCGUCAGUGGGAUCUGUCUGCGUGUUCAGAUACCGGGUUUAGUUGUUUUUCUAAAGCAGGGUGAUAUGCUUAAGCUGCAUGUUACAACUAAAAUAUCUUUUUUCUUGGAGGAAAGGAGGAUUGUGAAAUGUGGAGUGGCUGAAAAAGAAAGAACAGGAGGUCGAUUCGGUUUCCACUCGGACCGUGUUGCUGAGAGGAUUGCAACAUUGGAGAGAUCACACACUGUCAAUCCAUGAAGGGUACUUUUCCCCGAGAUUGUCUCAUUAGUGCUUACCUCCACCUGCUGGCCAAACACAGUCACGACGGGGCAGACGUCGAAGUCCGUGCACACACAGGCACUCUGCACAGCGUUGUAAAGUCACUGAAGAGCAACGUUUGGGGAGUCAGUUACUGCAGGGGACUGUGUAACGUUGGUCUUCUGUCUGUUCUGUCAGCUCAGGCCUACAUGGAAUUUAUUUUCUUUUGUUAAUUCUAAAUCUCAUGGUUAUUCUGUGUCUUAAUAUUUAUCCUCAGUUUAUUGCGUCUGGAAUACAGACUUUAUAAGAAUAGGUUUAUAUCGAGAAUAAGCUGGUUAGGAAGCUCCCCUCUGUGCCGCUUUCAACUGAGCGUGUGUGCUGAGAGUCCUGACCCUGAAUGGUCUUCAUUGAGGGUCACUCAUUAUUAUUAUUAUUUAGUUUCUUCAUUAGUUUGUUGCAAUUCUUUAGUACUUUCCUUUGUAUCCUGCACUUGAUAUGAUAAUGUGAUACACUAAAAUCCAAAUGUUCAAGACUCAAAAGCAGCAGUUUGGUGUUUUGGAGUCGGAUUGGAGGAGAUAGAGGAGAUGAGACUGACGCUCGCUCUCGACUGGAGAGAGUGGUGGCAUUGAAUCCCGCGGCAAGAGACGAACAGCUCCUGACGCCCCCUCGUUGACUUUAAAGGAUUUCUGUUUGUCUGAUGGUGGAUGUUGGAGUUGAAAAUACUCAUCAGCCACACAGUUAAAGGACCAUACCAGUGUUUGUGCAUGUUUUAGCCCAUUUAUUUGACUUUACUAUCAACUAUUUUUUAGGUCUUUUUAUGUUCGUCCACAGUUUCCACUCAUUUUAUUAUGGUAUUAAAUAGGUAUGCACCGAUUGGGAAAUUCUGGGCCGACAGCUGAUGUUUUUUUGUUAUUUAUUCACCCUAUUGUUCAGAGCAUCUAGGCCUUGUUGCAGCUCAGACUACUUCUCUGUGAGACGCAGACUCUGUCUCAUCGGUAUCUUUGUGCUAUCUGUAUCAGUGCUGGGGAAACAGAGGAGAUUAUUUCUCCAAUAUCCAAGUUCGAAUUAACCAACACAACAGUUAACCAGCACAAAACUGAUGCAACACAACACAUAAACAUCUGUGAAAGCCAUCUUUUUUGCCCAUAAGGCCGAUGUCAGUCAACAAGUUAUGUGUAGUAAUAAAAUCAACUCACAUACGUCACACUGCAAGCCUUAGUGCUCAAUUCUGAUUUACUGCUCAGAUCAGAGUCCAGACUGAGGUCCUGAAGUGAGCUGCACGUCCAAUGUUGAUCUAGAGUGACGUGAAAAGCUCUGAUUCAGAUGUGACUUGUGCCAGAUUUGGUCCUGCAGUGUGAACGGAGCUGACGCUUCCCUGAGAAAGUGAAUCCAUCGCAGGAAACAUUGUUGUUUACUUUUAGAAGUUCUUCCUGGUCGAUGCAGCGCAGGCUUUUUAAAAAAAAGAUCUGCACAUAAAAUAAAUACCGGUAUGAUGUCUGCUGUGAUGAACCACCCUCUCAAGCAAGCUUCAGGACUAAGAGUAGAAACCACUGGCGACCUAAAACGUAGAAAAACACUACAGUACAGCAGUGAUACACGCAUUCAGUGUGUGAGCUGUAUUCAGGGGACGAAAACAUGCAGAAAUCCUGUUACGGUUCCUUAUUCUGCCUCUGACAGGCCCGUCUCAGUGACGGAGGCUUGCAACUACAGUUUGAAUCUGUACACACACACACACACACACACACACACACAGAUAGAAGUGUGUGUUUUAUUGCUGCACACUCAGUGUUUCAAGUGUGUGUGUGUGUGUUUUCUGCUCUUAUACUUUGGGUCUAUAAGAGCCAAUCAGACGUCAUCCGUGCGUUUGUGAACGAAGAUGAAGACUCCACCAAAGCAUGAAUGUGACAUGAAUUAAUCCUGAAUGGAGAAUCUGAUGUUACACCUUUUUGUUGUUUAUUUCUGAAGCUCCUCACUGAGAGUCAGACUGUGUCACUGCCAUAUGAAUCAGUACUUAAAGUAGAUACAAUUAUUUAUUCUUUUUUUUUCAUAAUUUCUUUGCAGAGGUGAUACUUUUACUCAUUUAGGUGUAUUAUUAUUUAAAGUACCAUAUGUAUUAACAUGUUAUGGCUGGUGACCAUACGUACAUCUCAAAUAUUAACAUAGUUAUUGUUGACUUCGACUAUUUUUCUUUUCUUUUUUGUUGUUGUUUUUUUUUUUUGUUGCUGUUGUUGAACUAUAAUCUUGUUUGUAUCUAUCGGUGUCUUGUUGAGGUUUUUCAUGUGAAGCUUCGCUGUCAGAGCGCAGCCGAGCACCGGAGCCGGUCCGUCACAGACGCAGUCCUUUUUCACGCUUUGGUUACAAAAUUCACGUCGGACGAGCUGUCGGCAAAACAAGGAAGAGGUGUGUUGUAGUAGUUGUUAGGCGGGGCCAGGAAGUAGACUGGUCCAUUCUGAUCUGGAGUCUGAAUUUGGUGCUGUGGGCGCAUAACUCGAUGGUCCUGAGUGGGAGAGGUUUAUACUGUAGUUUGUUUUUAUAGGUAUGUCGCUGUUGUUAUUCUGUAUUUUUCUUAUUGUCAACAAAACCCAUGAAAAGACCAACAACAACAACAAUGUGUCCCUACGUCUCUCAGUACUGCCCCACUUCCCUACCAACAUUGGUUCUGCUGAAGAUGUAAACCUUUAAAAAAGGCUGGACAUUGUAGUUUUUAGCAAACGUUACUCAAACAGGAAAUAGUGCUUUUAUUUGGGACUAUUGUGUGUGACAGUAUUUGGACACCAGUGGAGCUCUGUGGCACAGAGGAAGAAGAUCUUUCAGCCUCUGAUACACACACAGUACAGUUAGUGGAUACAUUCGGUGUUUGUUUUGGUCUUUUUCUUUAAUGGGAUUGGUUUAUUUCAAGAAAAGUAGAGAAUAUUAGCAGACGUAUGCUUUGUUAAAAUAACCUGCAGUCAGUAAUGUAAUCAAAGGGAUUAUGGAAACUAGUAUUUUUACAGUAUUUUUUAUUUACUUUCAUAUCACGUUGCCAUGUUUGAGUUAUAAAGGCGUUGAUACAAAGUUCAGGAGAUUUAUUUUCAGUUUCUGGUCUGUGCCACGUUUUCUAGAAAUACUGACUGACUGGCGUUUAAAUAACAUGAGUUCAUGUGAUUUUUGUUAGGCGACAUUAACAGAGUAAAGUUACACGUUUUUGUAUUUAAGAGUUCAAAGCAGCAGCACAGGCCUCCAGUUUCUACUCAACCCCUGGUUUCCUGCAGCAUCUCUGGGUCAAAGAGACGUCUGCGUGAACUCAGAACCAACCUGUGACGGGACACUGGAGGGUUUCAGCUCUGAGGUCUGGAUCAUUACACAUCUCUUCAAACCAAAUGCUUUUUUCUUUUUUUGUUUUUGUUUUUCUAAAUGCAUAUCAGCUCUGUGGGUGUUCAGGAGUGCUUCUAACGCUGUGCACACUGCAGUAUUAACAGUUAGAUAACGCCUUGAUAUUCCAAAAAAAACAUUUAAUGUACUUUUAAGACAUAUAUGCUGUUUUGUAUCUUUUAUUUUUGUCAUAGAUUCUGCAGUUUAGUCAGUUUAUGUUGUUUAUGGGAUGCCAAGACUUCUUUUUUUUGUUUUUAUUUUGUAAAUUCAGCAGCAUCCAUACUGUAACAAAGUGUUGCCGCUUGACUGUGCUCCUUUAUUGCAUUUAGUUUUAUUUUAUCAAAGAGCCGAUGUCCUGUAUUGACUGCAGGCUUACGUAUAUAUUUGACAAAAGAAUAUUGUAUGUUUAAUAAUAAAAAAACACAAAAAAGACAAAAAAUUGAAGAAAAUGCAGAAAAAAGAAAAGGAGAAGAUUGAAAAAAGUGUAAUUUAUAUUUUAAAACUGCAUGCACAAGGCUGGGAAAGUCAUAUUUAGAAUAACAAAUGGCAGUGCCUUUUUUGUACUCGAGACAUUCACCACAAAUGUAAAUGGUUUUUAUAUAGACUUUAAAAACUGUAAAGUUACAGGAUGAAAUUAGCGACAGCUGCGUCGGGUCGCGUUCACACUGCGGCUACAAGCGUCCCACUUCAGGUUGUCCCCCCCCCGUUCCUGCAUUAUGUAACAUAGACACAGUCCCAGGAAGGAAAAGACUGAGUAUUUCAUCUGUUUUUCUAACUAUUCAAUUCAGAAAUCUGAUCCAUAUCUUACCCGUGGUCCUGUGAUCAUAUUAUUGAUGCUUGUUUUAUGUCUCACAUCCACAGAACUGAUCACUGUGAGGAUCAUUAAUCAGUCAGGGCUUUUAUUUGAGAUUGCUGCAGCCUAAAAUGCCUGAUUUCGUUGCAGCAUUUUUCUUUAAAUUGCAACGGUUUUUUUUUGUGCAAUAAAAUUGCAGGAGAAAGUGAAAAGUUUGUUCCAGUGGGAAUGAAAUUAGAAUUUAUGUUAAUUGUUGCGAUCGCGACUUUCCGGAGGGACUGAUUAAGUUUCUGGAUUUAGUUUGUAUUUUAAGGAGCCUCUUUAAAUUUGGCUGCAGCACCUUCAGAGUCCCCAUAGUGAUAAUUAAAAGUCCUUGUCUGGGCUGAUCAGCAACCAGUAUCAGGCUCUAACUAAUGAUUAGUUUCAAUGUCAGGUCAUAUAGAUGAAUGCUUUGGCCUUUAAAAGGUCAGAAAAUGGUGGAAAAUGUCCAUCAAGUGACUUAUUCAAACUGCCCCAAACAGGCUAAAACCCAAAGACUUUCUAAUAAUGUUUGAGAAGCUGUAAAAAAAAGUUUAGCAUUUUUAUCUGAUUCAUUGAUUUCCAAACAACAAAUUCACAAACACCUUCCUCCAUCUGAGCUGUAAUUUAACUAACGCAGCUGUGAGGUGCAUCAAUUCUCCAAAUUCUGACACCAGUGAUCUCAGGAGAUUCACUGAUUGAUUGAUGCAUUGAUGAUCAGUGUAACGUGUAAAAAUAGGGACAACAUGAUACAGUAGCUCGACACUGGCGCCGAUACUGACAUUAUAAAGGUGAUGGGGCGUCGGUCGGACAUUAGGAACUGUUGAUUUGUCACUGUUGUUACAGCACUGAGUGGUUCCACCUUCAUUCAGCAGAAAUCCCUCACGCACAACGUUUCCUUAAUCACAGUUUUCUGUUCUGCUGCGAUGAGCUAAUGUCAUAAAUAUUCACUCAGAGUUUCCACUUAGAGUCAAGGAUUGAUCGUAAUUAGACUGUCUUGUACACAUUAAAUAUUAAAUAGUCCCAAUCAGUUCAGUGCUGUUGAGGUGUACAGAUCUUGAACUGGCACUGGUGUUAGAUCAGUACUCUGUUUGGACUUUAUCACAAGUUUAGGACACUGAAUCUGUACUUUUUUAAAUCAAAAUAUCAUCAAGUAAACUUAUAAACUUAUUAAAGUUAAAUUCAAUCAGUGAUAUUUGGUUUAUCAGAUGCAUUUUACAACCUCACAGCCAAGUUUAAACAUUGAAAAUAAACUUGUAUUAUGUAUUUUGGGUGUUAAAACGCCACUUUAGAGCAGCUUCAUGUCGGAUUGGUUCUGCUCUCAGAAGCUAAACGUGAGCACUGAAACACUCUGAGGCGAGCAGUGUGAACGCGUCCUGCGGCGGUGAACUCGGUCUGUUGUGUCUGUACUCUGUAGGUACUUCUUAAUGCUGAUAUGAAGUUAUGAAUUAUUCUGGUCUGUACAAAAAAAAUGUGUGAAUGGUUGUGUGACAGUGAGGAUGUGAGUGUGUGUGUGAGUGUGUGAAUACAUUCAAGUGUUUUUCAUUGUGUCUUGCUGUAAUUUUGUCGCGACGUACCAGAAUGCUGUGACUUGGCAUGCCCCUGUUAUACAUAAAAAAAAAAGUUGUAACUCC